ACUACCCUGUCGUUGACUGCUACAGUUUUCUUGCAUCCAAUAGAUCUCUGCGCAAGCUCAAUCAGCUGAAGGUCUAUUACCACCUAAUUCUUCAUCGCUCUCUCCUUAUUGCGUUUCUUUUCUGAGAAAACCCGCAAGCCUUUAUUCAAUGGAUACUUCUGUUGAAGCUGCCUCUUCCUCGUCUUCCUUGAGCUCGACAAUCCCGCCAUGGAAGCAUCACAUUUUCUUGAGUUUCAGAGGAGAAGACACUCGGAAAGGCUUCACAGCUCAUUUACACGCUGCUCUUCAACGAAAGGGUAUCAUAACCUUGAUAGAUGAUGAGCUUUGGAGGAGAGGAGACGUUAUUUCCUUUCAACUCGUCCGAGCAAUUGAGGAGUCUCUUAUCUCCAUUGUUAUUAUUUCCCAGAAUUAUGCUUCCUCAAGUUGGUGUUUGGAUGAACUCCAAAAGAUUCUCGAAUCCAAAGAAUCUUUGGGUAGGGAAGUUUUUCCUGUGUUCUAUAACGUGGAUCCAUCUGAUGUGCGACAUCAAAGAGGAGCAUUUGCAGAUGCUUUUCAAAAGCACAGUGAGAGAUUUCAUGAAGAUGAAGGGAAGGUACAGAGAUGGAGAAAUACCUCAAAAGAUGUUGCAAAUUUAUCUGGCUAUCAAUCUAAGGACCAGCUUGAUACAGACUUCGUUGAGGAAAUUGUUAGAUGUGUAUGGACAAUACUACAUUAUUCAUGCCAUGUUACAAAACCCACAAAUUUGUUGGAAUGGAGUCAAAGAUAAAAGAAGUUAAUUCAAUUUUAAAGAUAAGACUCAAUGAUGUUCAUCCGUUGAAAAUCUGGGGGAUGGGCGGUAUAAGAAAAACAUCUCUUGCAAAACUUAUGUGAGACAAACUAUAACCAAUUUGGUCUGUUAUUUUUUUUGCUGAUGUGAAGGAUGUUUUUGAAAAGGAAGGAUUAGUUUUCCUAUAGAGAAGAUUUAUUUCACAUAAUGGGAUGUUAAAAGGCAUAGAAUUUGCUUUGAUAGUGCUUGAUGAUG